GGCGUACAAAAUUAUUGCCAUUUCAUGAUGUUGCCGUUAAAAAUAGUUGGUUGUUGGGAAUGGUUCCAAAACCCAAUUAAAUCUAGACAUAUUUUUAUAAACAAUGUAUAUUUGGCUAUGGUAUUAUUUAUUCUACUUAAUCUAACAGUUUCCUUGAUUGUUCAUUUAUACGGGGAAUGGACGGAUGUCAUGUCAAAUUUAGACAAAAUGGCCGACAGUUUACCGUUAAUCGUUUCAAUAGCGAUCGUAGCGUACUUUGCGAUUUAUAAAAAGGAAAUGUAUGAGUUGUGUCAGUACAUGAAUAAAAAUUUCAAAUGGAAAUCAGCUAGGGGAUUAACGAAUAUGACGAUGCAGGCAAGCUAUAAGACGGCGAGGAAUUUCGCCUACUUUUAUACGGCUUGUACGUCUUUUAGUGUUGCCAUGUACGUGGUGUUGCCUGUUACUGGAUAUUUAUGGUUGAACCAUCCAUUGCAUCCGUGGAUAUACAAGGACGUCGACCAGGGUCUGUUUAUAACACUUAUAUUUCUGCGACAAUGCUUCGCUCAGGGUUUUGUCGCUCUUGCUAUGGGACAAUUAGGUGUAUUCUUCGCUUCGAACUCGAUCUUGUUGUGCGGACAACUAGACUUGCUAUGUUGCUCCUUACGCAAUGUGAGAUACACGGCACUGUUGCAACAUGUGGAUCAUGCAGCACUAUCAGCAAAGUACAGCACUGUGGAGGACGAGCAACACAGUUAUAUGUAUAAUGUGUCUGAAGUGAAGGAAUCGGCGUCUCAUUAUGAUGAGGUGAGUUACGCCAUACUAUAUGUUCCAGAUAUCUACAACAAAGAGUACGACGAUGGAACUGUCCGCGCGAUCCAAGAUUGCGCACGAGUUUGCCAAGUUGUCAACGAGUAUAAGCGACGAUUUGAGCGAUUUGUGUCGCCGCUCCUCGCGCUACGUGUCGUCCAAGUGACUAUGUACCUAUGUACUCUGUUGUAUGCUGCUACGUUGAAAUUUGACAUGAUAACAGUGGAGUAUCUUGGUGCUGUCGCGUUGGACAUUUACGUGUACUGCCAUUUUGGGAAUCAAAUCAUUUUACAGGCGGAUCGCGUGUCCACCGCGGCUUACCAAAGCGCGUGGCCCAGUAUGGGCGUUAAGGCUCGUCGGUUAUUGCUGAACGUGCUUUUGUCUAAUCGCCGUCCCGUGGUCGUGCGAGCUGGUCGCUUCUUACCCAUGAACCUGCAUACUUUUGUCGUGAUAAUCAAGACUUCGUUCUCCUACUACACGCUGUUGGUUAACGUAAAUGAAAAAUAGGAAAAGUCGAUAUAGCACAUACAAUUUCAAGGCUAUGCCUUCACAUGUACUCUUUUAUGUAUAACUUCACUUACAAAAUUACUUAAAAUCCUUUCACUUUGAAACGAAAUCUUUAUCGAAUAAAGUUCUGUUAUUUUGCAUGAGAAAAAAUAUGUACUGUAGAUAUUGUAGUCUCUUAUAAUAAGGCACUGUUUCAAUAUUUGUUUUUAAUGUUUUUAAUAUUUUUAUUCACGGAAAUUGAUUUAGCUUGAACAUAAGUAAUGGUAAAGAGAAUAAAAGAAAUCAAAUUGUAUCCAGAAAUUAUUUUAUUUACGAAAUUAAUAUACAAUAUUCUUGUUCAUACAAUAAUCGAUUAAAGUUGUCGGCCGCGGCCACUGUACGCCUCAGUCUGAUUAAAAAAUAAAUUAAAAACCAACGCAUCUAAUCUCAAAUUCAAAACACGGUGGAGGAACGUUACAAUUUAAAAAUGGAAUACACGAUUGACGAUACAGAUAAUGUGAUGAAUUUUAAAUUACGAAUUAAGAACGGCACAGACGACGAAUUUCCCGUCAAUAAUGGCGCUUCUACACGAUCCGUCACAACUUUAUAAACAUAAAAUUGAGUCAUUCUUGGAUGAGUUUUCUAGUUUUUCGAGAAUUUUUUAACAGUUGCGUGUAUAUAACGGAAAUAAACCCGCCAUCUGAACCGACCCUAAACAAUUCCAUAUGCUACAUGAUUACUACAUUGCGUCCAUAUACCGGACGGUGUUAAUUUAUUCCACCGCUUACAUUUUCACUUACUACUUAUCUGUGCGAUUCUAAGGCUGGAUACACACUGGACUGAUGUAUUGUAUCGCGUUGCCUACUCAAAAGAGAGAACCACUUGCAUGUUUCGAAAAUGGCUUAAAUAGACUGCACAAAAAUGUAAAACUCACAACAUUUAGCAUACAAAAAGUGAAAUGACUAUUUUAGUUCAUGUAAAUGAAUUAUUGGGUACACAAUACUCAGUACACAUUUAUCGAUUUACAGCCUUAAAGCAUAUUUGAAGCGCUAAAAGUACAGUGAUCUUUCUUUUGAGUAGAACAACAUAAUAUCAACACAUUGAAACAACGCACAACACAACACGACAGUCUAGCAGGCAGCCAACCCUCUAGAAAAAAAUCUCUUUCUUCCCAAAAAUCGCACUCGCUCACUGAAUAAACGGUACACGUGUACAGACAGACAUACAUACGAACUUACACACACACCAUUCACUCGCCCCGGCGAGGACCGUGUUUUCCCCGGAAAAAUUAAAAAAAUAAAA